AUGCCUUUCCUCAAGAUCUGCCUGGCCCUCUACGACUACGAAGCAAACACCGAGGAGGAGCUGACCAUCAAGGAAAACGACAUCCUCUACAUCCUCGAGGACAACGACCCCGAGUGGUGGAAGGCCAAACUCAAGACUGCCGACCCCAGCGAAAACCUCAUCGGCCUUAUACCCUGCAACUAUGUCGAGCCUCAUCCCGAGAGCGGCGCUGUGGUCGGUUUAUACAAGUACGAUGCAACAACGGAGGAGGAGCUCUCAUUCGAAGAGGGCGACACGCUGACAUUGUAUGAGCAGGAUGACCCAGACUGGUUCCUGGUCGGAAACGGCACCCAUGUUGGCUUUGUGCCUGGAAACUAUAUUGAGGCUCCUGCAGGACAGGCCGAACAUGCACAGACAGAGCAACCACAAGAGCAAUACGAGGAAGAAUACGCAGCUGAGCAGGAUCACCAGCACUAUGAACAGGAACUAGCAGAGCCAGUAGAGGCCGUCCCACGAUCCAACGGUAGCACCUCCUCAGCAGCUGCAGCAGUCCCUCCUGAGAAGGACGACCUCAAGUUUUGGUCUGUCAAUGAGGUCGACAAGAAGAAGAAGAAAAAGAAGGGCAGUCUUGGUGUUGGCAACCUGACCAUUUUCUUUGGAAGCGAGGAGGACAAGUCUCCUGUGCGUCAGUGGUCGAUCAAGGAUGUGGACAAGGUCAGUCAAGAAAAGAAGCAUGUCUAUCUGGAUCUUGGUGGCGCAACCCCUGCCUCGUUCGACUUCCAGGCUGCUUCCAAGCAGGAUGCCGAGGCCAUCUUCAACAAGAUUCAGGAAUCCAAGCAAAAGUCACGCAUCUCUCACCCAACAGCAGCCGUCCCCACUCCACCCUCAAUUCGCGACUCUGUUGUCUCCACAUCCACCUAUCAAACAGCUCAAGGAUCCCCCACCGUUUCGGCUGCCAGUGCAACAUACCCAUCAGAGCCUGCCUACGAGGAAGAACAAUACGAGGAAGAACAAGAACAACAACAGCAACAGUACGUUGAGCCUGAACCUGUCUGCGAGGGCAAGUGGGCUAUCGCUCUCUAUGACUUCAACGCCGAGGCAGAGGAGGAACUCAACAUCCGCGAGAACGACGAGCUCUGGGUGUCAGACUAUGUCAGCAGCGAUGAAUGGUGGAAGUGCCAACUUGGAGACCAAGUCGGUAUUGUUCCUGCUUCCUACAUCAGGUUUGCUGAUGAACCUGUUCCAGAGGAGCCCCAGGUCGAGGAGGAGCAUGUUCAAGUCGAGGAGGCCGCACCCGUCCAGUCACGCGCUGUUCCUGCCCUUCCAGUGACAGCUCCCAUUCCAAAAGCUGUCGAUACCCCCAAGGCUGCGUCCACAUCUUCUACCCCUGCCGCUCCUCCUUCAGAGCCAGCUAUCAGGAAACCUCAAAACACUAGGAUGUGGACAGAUAGGUCAGGAAAGUACAAGGUCGAGGCAGAAUACUUGGGCUUCCACGACGGAAAGAUUAGUCUCCAUAAGCUGAACGGCGUCAAGAUUGCUGUCCCAGUGCGCGAAAUGUCUCAGGAGGAUAUCAACUUUGUCGAAAAGAUGACAGGAAUGAAGAUCGGAGCUGCAGGUUUCGACUGGUACGAUUUCUUUAUCAAGGCUGGCAUUGCAACAGAGGAUGCUCUUCGAUACUCGACAGUCUUCCGCACGGAAAAGAUGGAUUCCAGCAUUUUGCCAGAGCUGAGCAGAGACAUUCUCAAGGGACUCAACGUUAAGGAGGGAGAUAUUAUCCGCAUUCGCAAGGCGAUCGACAAGACCGGAUCUGGUACUUCCUCGCCCGACUCUAACAGCACACCAAAGCCCAAAAAGUCUGUCAGCUUCGCCAGCGGCAAUGUUGACGUCAUGAACGACCGCGAGAUGGCUAUGAAGAUGCAGGCAGAUGAGGUUUCGAGUGCUCGCACUUCUGGCGCAUCGCUGGCCGAACAGCGUCGUCAGCAAGAGUUGGCCGACGAGCAGUUUGCACGCGAGUUGCAAGAACGCGAGAACACCACCAACCGAACACCUGUCUUUGGUGCCAAGAAUACCCCUCAGCGCAAGAACACCAGACCCAAGGCUAGUACCUCUGCGCCCAAGACGAUCGAUGCCUCAGAGUUCACCAAGAUUGGUACAGCUCUCACCAACACACCCAAGUCUUCAUCGUCAUCCUCUUCUGCCAGGAAGCAAAACGCAUCGGCUGCCCCCAAGCCAACCCCAUCAGCUGCCGACCUUGCCUUUGAUGACGAUGCCUGGGAGGUCCGUGACCCCAAACUCAUUGGCUUUGACUAUGACAACUGGAAGGUUCAGAACCGCGACAAUGAGGAUGAAUGGAUCGCCAAGUUUGCUUCAACAACUGCACCUCAGGUGUUGGAGCCUGAGGACGACGAGGCGCUCAAGAAGACCAACUCGCCCAAACCCAAGGAGUCAACCUCAUCAGCAGAGUCCUCCUCUCCCGCAGGACGUCCUCGACCCGGUGCUCCUGGACGGACUGACAGCAGCAACUCUCUCGGCGCUCUGGGUCUUGCUGCCGCCAUCACACCAUCGUCUCCCUCUCCCACUUCCGCUCCCGUUGCAAAGCCGUCGACUCCUGUUCCUGGAUCUCUGGAGGCUAUUGCUUUGACUCAGGCAGAGGAGACCGAGAGAGUCAAGCAGCAAAUGCAAAAGAUCAAGGAGAAGCAGGCAUCUGAUGGACUCAAGAAGGAGAUUGAACAAAUGAAGUUUCAACAGCAAAUGUUGCAGCAGGCUGUUGUCCAGCAGGCAACACAGAACCAACAGUUGGUGCAGACGAUCCGUCGUAUGGCACCUCCUCCACCUGUCUCUUCCGGCAGGUUGCCUGCUCCUUUAGUCCCUGUCAACCCCACUGGACCCCUUCGCUUCAUUCCAACUCACCCUACAGGGCAGCAGAGCGCACCCCCACCUCCACCUCCCUUCAGCACCGCCAGUAUGGGUCUUCCUACCAUGCAGCAGCAGAUGAUGACCGGUGUGAACCCUCAAAUGACCGGUGUUGCCAGUCAGCCUACAGGCAGAGCCAACUGGGCCAACUCCACUCCCGCCAACCCAUUCGGUAUUGGAGCCAUCGCUAUCAACCCAACUGGAGUCCCUGCUAGAGCUCCUCAGGGUAUCAUGGCUGCUCGAUCUGCCCCUGCUGUCCCUGCGCCCUUCGUUAACCGUGCUAUGAGCCAAGGACCUCCACCACCCCCUCCACCAAUGCAGAUGAGCAUGGCCACGGGCUUCAACAACAACAACAACAACAACAACAACAACAUGAACUCGUUGAACAACAUGAGGACCGGUAUGAACGCUCAGAUGACCGGCAUGAAUACCCAGAUGACGGGUAUGAAUGCCCAGAUGACCGGCAUGAACAACGUCAACAACAUGUCGCCCAUGAACCGUGUCGCCCAGCCUAUGCAAUCUGCCUCGUUCCAAACCCCUGCCAUGACCGGCAUGAACACCAGCAGUGGACCCAGCCUGAACGCGUUGAGCACUAUGAGCAGCAUGAAUGCUAUGAACAACAACAGCAGCUCACAGUUCCAGACGCCAAUGAUGACGGGAAUGAACAACAACAACAACAUGGGCGGACUCAACAACAACAUGACUGGUAUGAACAACAACAGCAUGGCUGGUAUGAACAGUUUGAACAGCAACAUGACCGGCAUGAACAACAACAACACCAUGGCUGGUAUGAACAGUUUGAACAGCAACAUGACCGGUAUGAACAACAACAACACCAUGACUGGUAUGAACAGUUUGAACAGCAACAUGACCGGUAUGAACAACAACUCUGGUCUCGGCAGCGGAUUGAACAACAAUAACAACAGUCUGAGUGGAUUGGGAUCGUUUAACAGGUCACCGUCGUUGUCGAACACUUUCAGCUCAUCUCCCAUGGGCCAGUCUCGGGUCCUUCAGACACCGUCGUCGUCGUCGAGCUUUGGUGGAAGCGGUCUCGGAAGCAGUUUUGGUCAGAUGAACAACAACAGUCUGAGCUCACCGUCCAACAACAACAGCAACAGCAUGACACCACUCCAGGCCCAACCAACAGGACACCUACCAAUGGCGUCGUCGUACAUGCGCCCACCCACCAGCUCCGGAUUGAGCAACAACUUUGGCAACAACGCUGGCGGUAUGGGAGGCAUGGGAGGCAUGAACAGCCAGAUGACCGGUAUGGGAUCGUCCAUGGGAGGCAUGAACAACCAGAUGACCGGUUUGGGAUCGUCCAUGGGAGGCAUGAACAACCAGAUGACCGGUAUGGGAGGCAUGAACGGCAUGAACAACAACAACAUGUCUGGUAUGAACAGCAAUAUGACCGGUAUGGGAGGCAUGGGCGGUAUGGGAGGUAUGGGAGGCAUGAACGGCCUUACGCCCCAGAUGACCGGCAUGAACAACAACAUGGGCAACAACAACAACAUGGGCAACAACAACAUGGGCGGUAUGAACGGCAUGAACGGAGGUAUGAACGGAGGCAUGGGCGGCAUGAACGGAGGCAUGAACGGCAUGGGUAUGGGAGGCGUCAACCCACAGAUGACUGGCAUGGGCAACGUGGGCAACAUGAACAACAUGAACAACAAUGGCCAGUUCCAGCGCAACUUUUAA